GGACGAGGAGUUUUCAGUCAGUUCUGUUCUGGACUCAGACGUUAUCCAUGCCAGUCGUAAAGACAUUCCCUGUAUAUUCAGAGUGACUGCGUCCCAGCUCUCCCCCUCCAGCAGCCAUAAGACCUCCAUCCUGAUCCUGGCUGACAGCAAUCAGGAGAGGAACAAGUGGGUGGGCCUCCUCAACGAGCUGCAUCGCAUCCUCAAGAAGAACAAGCUAAAGGAGCGCUUCGUUUACGUCCCUAAGGAGGCCUACGACAGCACAUUGCCCCUCAUCAAGACCACCCAGUCUGCUGGGAUCAUAGAUCAUGAACGUGUCGUCCUGGGCAAUGAGGAAGGCCUUUUUGUCAUUCAUGUAACCAAAGAUGAAAUAAUCCGUGUGGGAGACAACAAGAAGGUCUACCAGAUCGACCUGAUYCCCCAGGAGCAGCUGCUGGCUGUCAUCUCAGGCAGAAACCGCCAUGUGCGCCUCAUCCCCACACAGGCUCUGGAUGGUCGAGAGGCAGACUCCAACAAGCUGGCUGAAACCAAAAACUGUCAGACCAUCGUCUCGGGCCCAGUCCGAAACGGCGCCCUCACCUGCCUCUGUGUGGCCAUGAAAAGUAAAAUCAUCUGUUACGAGGUGAAUAAGGUGAAAUCCCGUCACCGUGUGCUGCGAGAGCUGCCUGCCCCGGGGCCUGUUCAGUGGAUGGGUCUGCUCAGUGAGCGCCUGUAUGUGGGGUACCAGUCUGGCUUCAUGCGCUACAGUCUCCAUGGCGACAUGUCCCCCAUCAGUCUCCUCCACCAUGAGGACCACACCCUGGCUUUUAUCCCACAUCAGAAUCUGAGUGCCCUGUGUGCCGUGGAGAUUUCCAGCAAAGAGCUGCUGUUGUGCUUCAGUGCCAUCGGGGUCUACGUGGACUCGCAGGGUCGCAGGUCGCGGCAGCAGGAGCUUAUGUGGCCGGCUGUGCCCCACACUGCCUGCUACAAUGCCCCCUACCUGUCAGUGUACAGUGAGAAUGCUGUGGAUGUGUUUGAUGUGAACACCAUGGAGUGGAUUCAGACCAUCCCUCUGAAGAAGGUGCGACCUCUGAAUGUUGACGGCUCUCUAAACCUGUUGGGCCUGGAAACUGUGCGCCUUAUUUACUUUAGAAACAAGAUGGCUGAAGGUGAUGAGCUGGUUGUCCCGGAGACAUCAGACAACAGCAGGAAGCAGAUGCUGCGCAGCAUGAACAACAAACGACGCUACUCUUUCAGAGUUCCUGAAGAGGAGCGACUUCAGCAGAGAAGAGAGAUGCUGCGAGAUCCAGAGAUGAGGAACAAGCUGAUCUCUAACCCCACCAACUUCAACCACGUGGCUCACAUGGGACCAGGAGAUGGCAUCCAGAUCCUCAAAGACCUGCCCAUGAAUGUUCGUGUUCAGGAGAGUCGUGCAGGAUUUAGUGGUUCAGUCAGCAUCCCUUCCAUCACCAAGAACCGGGCUGAGCCGGGUCGCUCCAUGAGUGCCAGCAGCGGGUUGGGCAUACGCUCCUCCUCUCAGAACGGCAGCGCUCUGCGCAGAGACCUGUCAGGAGGAAGCUACGGAUCCAAACGUCAGACCAUGACUUCCCCCUCAGAGAGCUCUCUGUCCUCAGGAGGAGGAAUGGACUGUGGUGACGCUCCACUCUCACAGUUUGACAGAGAGUGGCAGGCGGUCUCACCAUCGGAGAAGACCCCCGAUCUGAAAAGGGCUUUAAGGACCCUCCUUAGUAAAAUGAAGGUAAUGUGCUCAGCUGCAAUGACUGCACCAAACACACAAAGUGAAAGCACUGUGUCGCUGCGCAUCACACACACACACACACACACACACACACACACACUACCAGCACCACAUCAACUCUGUUCCAUCAGCAGAUGGCUUGUUGCAUCAGCUGUCACCGCUUCUCAUCGCUGCCCUCUCAGCCAAUCACAGAGCAUGUCUGCCUCCAUUCUGCUCCCUCGUGUUUCUGACCAGAAGAGUCUACAAGUUACAAUCAGCUCGGUGUUUCUGAAACUAAACAACAAAAGAAUCCCACUGAAGAGAUGAGUGUGAGUCAGACUGGACUGAAUCCUGCUUCACGUUAGUCACAUACACACACAUGAAGAAAACCUUUCUGAACCUGCUGCAAACAUGUGAUAUAAAAAGCCCAGGUUUUAUUGAUGUACAAACAAUUAGAUCAUAAUAAAUCAUUACAUUUUAUUAGUGGCACACAAUAAAGAAGCUC